UGUGCGAUAAGAUUUCAUUUCUACAACCUCGAACUGCGUGUUGUAGGACAUUGCUCUUGAAACUUCCAAAAAAGAUAUCUGUCUAUCUAGCUGAUAUCUAAGCAGCUUAGACAAAGACUCAUAAUUAUUUUGUAUUCCUCCGAAAUCCUAAUGAUUUACAGAGCUUACUAAGCCUUCCACUGCAAUCUGCAUCCACAAUUUGACCAAAGUAUUGCUUGUUAACUGCUCUUAUUGAUUACGUAUUAGUCAACAACUUGAGCACACGUCCGUUGGCCAACUGAUCGCCAUUUUAAUCAGUCAUUUAAAGUGCCAAGUGCAAAACGGGAACUGCUAAUUUUAUAUAGUACAACUUGAUUACUACUUCUCCCAACCAAAACCUGGGGCAAUUGUUUAAAAGCAACAGACCUGGAACUGCGCGAGUCAUUAUGGAAUUAUCAACCGACGCGGGCAGUAAAAGUUUGUGAAUGGAGACAGCAUGAAUUCCCAUUCGAAUACAAGUGUAAAACGCGAAACGAAUCCCUUUCUGAAGGCAAACAUUCUAUCAAAGUGGUUUUUCGUUUGGAUGCGUCAUGCGUUCCGCAAAGGACGUCACGAAGAGCUAUCCGAGAACGAACUCUAUGCUCAUCUGCCCAGCUUCGACAGCGAACAGUUGACGGAGGAUGUACAGCAACCUUGGAUACGUGAAUCUCAACGUAAGCAACCGAGUUUGCUACAUUUAAUCUUUACCUUUUAUGGCUGGCAAUUUGUGCCCAUCUGUGUUUUUUACUCCGCGCUCGAAAUUGCAAUACACGCCUUUCAACCCAUUUUCCUGGGUGGCUUGAUCUCGUACUUUGCAGAGGGACAAACGGACAUCACCAAGGAAAGCGCUUAUUUGUAUGCCAUGGGCAUUGUGCUCUGCUCCCUGGUCAACUCCUUGGUGUUUCAUCCCUUCAUGUUCUACGUAUUUGCCGUGGGCACCAGGAUACGCCUCGCCUGCGCCGGGCUGAUAUAUCGCAAAUGUCUGCGAGCAGGAAUGAAUGCUGGAGAAGGAUUAGGCGCCCAGGCCAUAUCGGUGAUGUCGAUCGAUUUGCCACAGUUUGAUCUGACCUUCUACUUUUUCCACGAUCUGUGGAAGGGUCCCGUGGAGGCCUGUAUCUUUGGCUAUAUUAUGUACACGGAGAUUGGCUGGACAGCGCUCAUAGGCAUCGCAUUCAUUGUGCUGCUAAUUCCACUGCAGGCCUGGGCAGCCAAGGCAGCGACUCAGUUUCGCACCAGAUCGGCAGAGCAUCGCGAUGAGCGCGUCAAGCUGAUGAACGAGAUCAUCACUGCCAUACAAGUCAUCAAGAUGUAUGCCUGGGAACAAUCCUUUGCCAAGCUGAUUGCCGCAGUGCGCCAGAGGGAAGUGAGAGCCAUUAGAGGUUCCAUGAGCAUCUAUGCGGCGCUGCAGUGCACCAACAUGAUCUCGAAGGUGUCGCUCUUCCUCAGUCUCAUCGCCUACGUCUAUACGGGGGAUGUGGUCACGGCGCAAAAGGUCUUUAUACUCUCGUCGUACUACAGUCUCUUGAAUGAUUCGUUGCUGCACUUUUGGCCCAUGGCCAUUACCACCUGGGCCCAGACAGUGGUCAGCGCCAGACGUGUUGUGGACUUCCUUCAGCAAAGUGAAACUCCCACGGGCAAAGAGUGCUCCAGCUGCCACGACAAUCCCACACUGCAGCUGGAUAGCCUGAAGCCAGAGAAACCACAGCAAGUGGGUCGAGUGCAUUGCAUGGAGAGUGUGUCCAAGGGACUAAUGCUUAGUCAUGUCAGUGCCAGCUGGGACAAGCCCAGCACACAGCAGCAACGGCGCGCGCAUGUUGACGAUAUCAGCUUUGAGCUGCACGCUACUCAAAUGGUGGGCAUUGUGGGCAACGUGGGUUCCGGAAAGAGUACGUUGCUCAAUGUGAUUCUCGGCGAAGUGGAGCUGAUGCAAGGACGCCUGGAGUUGCAUGGCAAGGUGAGCUAUGCGCCGCAAGAGCCGUGGAUCUUUCAGGCUAGCAUACGUGAUAACAUACUCUUCGUGGAGCCGUACGACGAGCAUCGCUAUCGUGCUGUUGUGCAUGCCUGCCAGCUGGACACCGAUCUCUCGCUGCUGCCCCAGGGAGAUGCCACGGUUGUGGGUGAACGCGGCAUUAGUUUGAGUGGCGGUCAGAAGGCCAGAAUUAGUCUGGCGCGUGCCGUUUAUCGACAGGCAGACGUCUACUUGUUUGAUGAUCCGCUUGCUGCCGUCGAUUCUCGAGUGGGUAAACUGCUGAUGGACAAGUGUUUCCAUCGCUUUCUGGGUGACAAGCUGCGCAUUUUGGUGACACAUCAUGUGCAGCUGCUGCAACAGGUUGAUCACUUACUGCUCCUCGAAUCUGGGCGUAUUACACAACAGGGCAACUAUGCGCAGCUUCGGGAUGUGAUUGAAAAGCAUGCGGCCCCUGACUUGGAGGCCAUCGAAGCAGAUAAACAGCAGGUGAAGCGUGUGCUCAGCCAGGUGGAUCGCAACUCCAAGCAGUUCCAGGACACGGCCACCUCAGCGAGUGAAGAGCAAAGCCCUGAGAAUGUCUUUGCCGAGGGACAAGGUCAAGGCGCUGUUAGCUACGAGACCUACAAGUCGUACUUUCAGGCUCUGGGAGCGCCGUUCUGGGUUUGCUUGGUACUUGUGCUCUUUGCGGUCGCGCGCGCUUGUCAAGCUUUGAUGGACAUCUUCAUUUCCCGCUGGGCCACGCUAGAGGAGAACCGUGACUACGAUAGCAUUGAGGAAUUUGAGGCAACACGCACAAGUAUGGUCACCUGGUACUCAGUACUGUUGGUGUGCACCUUGGCGUUAUAUUUGCUGCGCACCUUUGGCUUCUUCCUGCUGUGUCUGCGCAUCUCCCUCCGGCUGCACAAUCUCCUCUUUGCAGGCAUAAUUCGUGCCCGCAUGUUCUUCUUCAACACGAAUGCAUCGGGUCGUGUGCUCAAUCGCUUCUCCAGCGACAUUGAGAACGUCGAUGUGGCACUUCCGCAAGCCAUGAUGGAUUCACUGCAGUUCUUUGUGGAUGUGAUUGCGGUGCUCGUGAUUGUGGCCAUUGCCAACUAUUGGCUGCUCAUUCCGGCUGCUAUAAUGGCGCUCCUCAUGUAUUUGUGCCGUGCUUUCUACAUUGGUGCCAGUCGCAGUCUGAAACGCAUUGAGAGCUUAACUCGUAGUCCGGUUUACUCACAUGCCAAUCAGACGUUCCAAGGUUUGACCACAAUACGCGCCUUGGACGCCAUGCCGCAGCUGGAGCAUACUUUCCAUGGCCAUCAGAACAUCAAUUCGUCAGCCUUAUUUCUCUACACCAGCGCCAAUCGUGCCUUCUCAUUUUGGACCGAUCUCAUUUGUGUGAUCUACAUAUUUGCCGUGACCUUCAGUUUCCUCGUGAUUCAACAGAACUUCUACAGCGGUGAUGUGGGCUUGGCCAUCACACAGUCCAUGACGCUGGUGCUCAUGUGCCAGUGGGGCAUGCGCCAAAGUGCUGAGCUUGAGAACAAAAUGACCAGUGUGGAGCGCAUCUUGGAGUAUGCCAAGACACCGUCGGAGCCAGCGCUGGAGACGCCUAAGCAGAUACAGCUUCCUGCUAACUGGCCACACGAAGGACAUCUCCGCUUGAGCGAACUGCACAUGCGCUACUCUCCAGGUGGCACAGAGAUCUUGAAGGGCUUGAAUCUGGAGACACGACCCAUGGAAAAGAUUGGAAUUGUGGGACGUACAGGAGCUGGCAAGUCAUCCAUAAUACAAGCACUGUUUCGACUGGCCGAGAAUGAGGGACUCAUCGAGAUCGAUGGUCAGGACAUUGCCCAGUUGGGACUGCAUGAUCUGCGCAGUCGCAUCUCAAUUAUUCCACAAGAAUCAGUCUUGUUCUCAGGCACAUUACGCUUCAAUCUUGAUCCGUUCAGUGAGAAGAGCGACGAGGCGUUGUGGGGAGCAUUGCAGGAUGUUAAGCUGAAGGAGUAUGUAGCCAGCUUGGAGGGUGGACUCUCCUGCCACAUGCAGGAAGGUGGAUCCAAUUUCAGCAUGGGCCAAAGGCAAUUGGUUUGCUUGGCGCGUGCCAUUCUUCGCAAUAAUCGAAUACUCAUCAUGGACGAGGCGACGGCCAAUGUGGACGCCGACACCGAUAAACUAAUUCAGGAGACAAUACAAACCAAGUUCGCCGAGUGCACAGUGCUCACAAUAGCUCAUCGACUGCACACGGUGAUGGAUAAUGAUAGUGUUCUGGUCAUGGAUGCGGGCAAAAUGAUUGAAUUUGGACCACCGCAUGAACUGCUGCAGCUCAAAGAUGGUGCUCUGCUCAAAUUGGUUAAUCAAAGUGAUGCACUCACAGUUAAAUAUCUCAAGAAAAUUGCCGCUGAUAAUUACGCGCGCAAAAACAAAUAUAUCAUUUGACAACA